UGACGGAAGACCUAAUGCAGCAUUCAGAGGAGCAGUCUGGUUUGGCUGGUUUUCCUGUCUGUAAAACGCAGAAGGCGUUCAGACGCUCAUUACCACAAUGGUGUCAUACAAGCGCCUGAAUCCUGAAGACGUGCAGUUUUCCGGCAGAGUUUUUUCAGAAGAGCCUCAUCAAAUUCAAGAUGAUGUCCCGAUACCAGAGCCAGAGGCCGCUACCUUGCUCCCACGCAGACCAUCAUGCUCCACCACCACCGGUCUCCUGGUAAUCGGCUGCCUGUUGCUGCUUCUUUGUGGUGGCUGGCUACUAGGCACCAUGUUCUGGCUGCACGGCCCCUCCAACCAAGAGCCACAUAAGCCACUGCCACCAGCUCCAGGGCAGACACCAGCUCCCAGUUUACAACUGGAAGAAAAUGACACUGCAGCUGGUUCCAGCAAUGAAGCUUGCAGUUUAAUCCAAGAGGCAUGGAGGUUUGAUUGCUACCCUGAAAGAGGGGUGGUUGUGACCCGAGAAUUAUGUGAGGCAAGGAACUGCUGCUUCAUUCCUGCAUCCACAGCUACCAAUUCUGCUGCCAAGCCAUCAGGGAAGAAUGGUAUCCCUUGGUGUUUCUAUCCACUGGAUUUCCCGUCAUACUCACUGGUGUCCCUGAACGAAACGUUAAUGGGACAGAAAGGUACGCUUGUGAAGGAGGUGAAGACUUACUACCCUGGAGACAUCCUGACUGUAGAGGUGGAGGUACGACAUGAGACAGACACACGGCUGCGUGUCAGGAUAAUUGACCCUUCAAGUUCACGGUAUGAGGUUCCAAUCUCCGUCCCAACUGCAUCCAUAAAGGCAGAAGAACCUGAAUAUGUCGUGGAGGUUUCAAAGCAGCCAUUUGGUCUCAUUGUCAAGAGGAGAUCUACAGGAGCAUUGCUUCUGAACACCACUGUGGCUCCGCUCUUCUACGCGGACCAGUUUCUUCAGUUUUCCACCUCUCUGCCCAGUCAGUACGUUUAUGGCUUGGGUGAGCAUCGCUCCUCCUUUCUACAUGAUGUCUCUUGGAACACGCUCACCAUGUGGGCCAGAGAUGUACCGCCGACGGAACAGACAAACCUGUAUGGGGUUCAUCCGUUUUAUCUGGCAAUGGAGACCGGAGGGAAUGCACAUGGCUUCUUCCUGCUCAACAGCAAUGCAAUGGAUGUGGCCCUCCAGCCUGCCCCAGCACUCACCUGGCGUACUACUGGUGGCAUCUUCGACUUUUAUGUUUUCCUUGGUCCUGAUCCUGGUUCAGUGAUUGAGCAGUAUGUGGAAGUUAUAGGAUACCCGGCCAUGCCCAUAUACUGGGCUUUAGGAUAUCACCUCUGUCGCUGGGGCUACGAUAGCAGCAAUUCUACCUGGGAGGUUGUCAAGAGCUUGAGGAACUAUGGAAUCCCUCAGGAUGUCCAGUGGAAUGACAUUGACUACAUGGACAGAUUCCUGGAUUUCACUUUUGAUUCAACAAACUUUGGCACGCUGCCGGAUCUUGUCAAGGACCUGCACACUCACAACCAGAAAUACGUUAUGAUCAUUGACCCAGGUAUUAGCAGCACACAGCCUGAAGGCUCAUACUGGCCUUUUGAUGAGGGACUGAAGAGGGGAGUUUUUAUUAAAGACUCUGAAGGAAAAACACUUAUUGGGAAGGUGUGGCCUGGUCUGACAGCAUUUCCAGACUUCUCUGAUGAAGUAACUCAUGAAUGGUGGCACGAUAACCUGUUAAAAUUCCAUGAGAAGAUUCCCUUCGAUGGAUUAUGGAUUGACAUGAAUGAACCAUCAAACUUCCUGGAUGGCUCGACCAAUGGUUGUCCAUCAAAUAAGUUUGAAAAUCCGCCUUAUACUCCAGGUGUGCUGGGGGGUUUGCUGAGAGCCAAAACUGUGUGUGCCAAUGCACAGCAGAAGCAGUCCCUACAUUAUAAUUUGCAUAGUCUGUAUGGACUCAUGGAAGCUAAAGCCUCUGCAAGUGCUCUGAAGCAGAUUUUGGCAAAGAGACCUUUCGUGAUAUCCCGCUCCACCUUCCCCAGUCAGGGUUUGUACUCCGGUCACUGGCUGGGAGACAACAGGAGUCAGUGGAAAGACCUUUACACCUCUAUAGCAGGUAUCUUGACCUUUAACCUUCUGGGUAUUCCACUGGUGGGUGCAGAUGUGUGUGGGUUCAGUGAGGAGCCACAGGAGGAACUGUGUGUCCGCUGGACACAGCUGGGAGCUUUUUAUCCUUUCACACGAAACCACAAUGCUAUAGAUAUGCAGCCUCAAGAUCCAACAGUGUUCAGUCCGUUGGCCCGCGCGGCCAUGAAAGACGCUCUGCUGCUGCGCUACUCUCUCUUCCCUUUCCUCUACACGCUCUUUCAUCAUGCACACGUGCAUGGUCACACUGUUGCUCGACCAAUAAUGUUUGAGUUCCCAAAAGAUGAAAAAACAUAUGGGAUUGACAAACAGUUCCUUUGGGGGAAGAGUUUGUUGGUGACGCCAGUAUUGGAGCCUGGAGUUGACUAUGUAGAUGGUUAUUUCCCAGAGGGUCUGUGGUAUGACUACUUCACGGGUGACUCUGUGCGCAGUAAAGGUGAAGAGCUUCGACUCCAUGCGCCUCUGGAUAAGAUCAAUCUCCAUCUGCGUGAGGGAUCUGUUAUACCUACGCAAACUCCCAAUCUGACCCUGUGGGUAAGCAGUGGUCAGCCUCUCCAUCUGAUCUCCACUCUCUCUGAUGAUGGCUCAGCCAGUGGUGAGCUGUUCUGGGAUGAUGGAGAGAGCAUCGACACUUACGAAACCAACAGUUACGCCUACAUCGUCUUUACCGUCGCUCAGAGCGUGAUGACAUCCCAGGUUCUCCAUAACAAUCAGGAGGCUUCGUUCAUCACGGUGGAGUUGGCCACCUUCUACGGUGUCAAGGAAAAGCCGAGUAGAGUUCUGGUGAACUCGCAUGAUGCACAGUUCACCUACCGAGCCAACCAGGUGUUGACUGUAGCAGAUUUGGGUCUCAAUCUCAGCCAGAACUUCACCAUCAGCUGGAUGUAAAGAUUUAAUCAUUGGUUUUAUUUGCAGGUUUAGUCAGACAUGGACUGUGAAGGCAGUAAAUAUUAGGAGUGCUACUUUCCACCUCUUUUAAAGAGCAGUUUAUCAAGGUGGUUUUAAGAUUAGUAUAGCAACAUCAGAGCUUAAACUGCUUCCAAAACAUAAUAAAUCGUCUUUCAUAGGUGACAUCUGUUAAAUGUAGAACUCAGACAUACAAAAGGCUACACUUGUUGAUGUGGAUGUUACCAUCCUGAAAUUAAAGCUCAUAAUCUUAUUUUUCCUUUUUAAAUCAACUCAAACUGUCCGACACUCAGGAAUGAUGAAGAUACUAGAGUUAGUUUGAGCAAAUGUGAAUUCAUGUACACAUAAAUUAUAAACAGGCUUUGCAUGCUUGAAAUACUCCAAAGACUACCUGUAGAUGAAACAUACUCUUGGUGCUUUGUGGGCACGAAUCACCUCCCUGCACUAGAUGUAGUUACCCUACAUAUUAGAUGCUGUGUUUAUAUGUGGACAGUUCAUGAUGUUUGCUGCCAUUUUUACUUCACUUAAAAAAACUGCAUUUUAAAGAUUUUUCAUCAGCAGAGAGACUAUGUGCAAUAAAUGAACAUGAGGAUUGUCUACCGACCUUCAAAUGUGACAGAUUUGAACAUAUUUCAUGGUGUAAAUACAAAUGAACGCUAUGUGCUGAAGCUGUUUACAGAUUGAUUUGCACUGUUGUUAAUUCAUAUGGGAAAGGAAGGUAGAGGUGCCUUAUGACUGUUGUUUGUUUUUGUAUCAUGUAAGGAAUCUCCAUCAGCCUCAUGUGUUCAGCUUUAUAUCCUAGAAAUGUUUGUAACACUGGAGAUUGUAGUACUGUCUUGGAUGAGGAUUACUUUCAUUUCACAUUUACAGUAAAAGAGAUGCAUGAGUUUUUUUUUAAGCUGACAUUCAUUCAGCCUAAAUGUCACCUUAUUGAUGCUAAUCUGAUUCAGUUUUUUUUUUUUGUUUUGUUUCUCGACUAUCAGAUGCUAGCAUUGUGCAGUUUAUAACUCAGAAAUAAUUGGAUAAUUUUAUUAGGGAAGCAUGGACAAUGUGUUGUAAAGUGACUACACUAAACUCCUAAAAGAUUA